AUGGACUGUCAGUGGAUGAUGCCGAGAUCGGUAGAGCUGGACUUUCUCCAGCCUUCCUAUGACGGCCAACGGGUGAACUCAUACACCAGCGAGGACCCGCUCAUGUGGCAGGAUUCGCCGUCACUAAAGCCCCAGCCAGAACCAAAGGGGGGUUAUAUCUCGCAGGCUUCUGUCAAUCCUCCAACGAAUCCUGAUGAUGAGAAGGCUGCAAAACAGGAUAACCAUGAAUUCUCACCUCGUCUGCCCACGUUCAACCCUAUAUGGCUUAGCAAGACUUGUCUCGGCGGAUUUAUCGUGGCUCUAGUUCUCAUUGGCAUUGCUCUUGGCCUUGUCUACCAUUUUGCCGAAACUGAUAAUGGGUUCGUACUACUUCUCAACGAUCGCUAUUCCUGGGCGUACGGUCCAACUGUAGUCCUGGUUCUUAUUGCUGGUCUUUGGCGUCAAGUUGACUACUGGUGCAAAUGCCUGGGUCCCUGGCGAGAAUUACGACAGGGAUGGGUGUCUGCGGACAAGUCCCUAUUUCUGGACUACGUUGGUCAAAUUCAUAUUUUCGGGUGCUGGACCGCCUUGAAGAACAAACACUGGACUGUGUCGGCUUCUAUCGUUGGUGUUUUGCUUUUGAAAUUGAUGAUGGCAUUUGCCUCCGCGCUUUUGGUUCUCCAGCCUGCAAAAGUGCGCAGUGGCUCAAUCCCGGUUUACGAGGUUGGCAUGAACUCGAGCGUUCCACAUUUUGAAGGCAUCAAUUUUUUCAGCCCAACCUAUGCUUAUUAUGGAGUACUGGCGCAUGGCUUGGCCUAUCCCAAAGGAACGUCCUCUAAAUUCGUCGUGCCAAAUAUCUACCCAAAAUAUCCUCUACCCGACGGCACCACUCGUAUUGCGGCCAACGUCACGGGCUACUGGCCAAGCCUGGACUGCCAGCCCGGAAGUCUGAAUUGGACCAUGCUAAGCCCGGAUCCCGAUGCCCAUGAUGAUAAAGAUAGAGUUAGAUUUCGCUUCGAAGCUGAGGAUGGCCGUUGCUCUGUCGGUAAAUUGAACCCGGAUACUGCCGUAUUCUCCCUGAAUGAUCACUUGCGCGAGAUACUGCCAGAAAAAUUGAUUUAUCCUCGGAUGGCAAACCUGUACGCUAACUGCACUGGCAACGAAACGAACCCCGAUGUUCAUCCGUCACUGCGUCUGCUGUUUACCAUCCUAAACGUUCGAAAUACCCAGGACCUAAAGCCUAACGCAGAAGCACUUCUACGUUCAGCCGACGACGUGAAAGUCGCAAAUUCGGCCUCUGUUGAGGUUAAGAGUGCCACGGCCAUUCUGUGCAAGCAAAAUCUGAGCGGCAAGCGAGCGAGAGUCGAAUUAGACCCCUCUGAUGCAGAUACUCAGAGAGGACCGGGGCUUGACGUCACUCCUAUCUCUACCAUGUCUACUCAGACAUUGCUGCAAGGGCGGUCCAUGGAUGAACUAGCUAAUAAUUACUUCCAGAUGAUGUGGAGAUUUAUGGCAGGCGCUCCCAACCUUCUUGGAAUGGAUAAGGCGACGGAGGAUGCUUAUAGGCCCUUUUUUCGUCUCAUGCUAGCGGAGAGCGACAGCCCUGAUUACGAGUCGUUUCUAGACAUCAAGCGCCUCACAACCAGCGCGGCCAACGUCUACAUCGGUCUGGCAGUCCAGUCGAUAUACUAUAUUCUUCAUACUUAUCUCAAAUCGCCGGAUCAAGAGAUCUCUGGGGAGGCUUUCCGCAAUGAAAACCGCUUGUUUGUGCAAAAAAUCCCAAUUGGUGUGAUGGUUACCUGCGUUGCUCUCAUGAUCUGCAUUUCAGUGGGCGUGAUUAUGACUCGUCCAUUCGAUGUUGUUCCUCGGAGUCCAGAUAGUAUUGGUGCCAUCGCGACCUUUCUUCCCAACAGCAAAUUGACGAGAGUGCUUGCUGGAACUGCCAAUUGGCCUUUCGCGCGACUUAGCGAAACUCUCAAAGGACAUCGAUUUCGGACUCAUUUGGAACCGUCGCCCACUGAUCGUUAUGCGAAACCUUCGAAACCAACGUUUACUAUUGAUGUGGAUCCCCAGGAUGGGUCCGAGAAGCAGCAAACUCCGGAUGAAAAAGCACCCGAGGUGUUGGAUAACACGCCGCAGAAGAUCUGGACGCCCCUGGCGUAUAGCUUUCCUUUUCGUUUGCUUGUGUUGAUAUCCCCGCUUGCCGUGAUAAUCGUCAUCGAGACUCUGCAGCAGGUAUCUGCUAAAAAUGACGGAUUCAUGGACGUUCCGAGGGACUCGAGUGUCCUCUUCUGGAGCAAAUUCAUUACCUCCGGAGUGAUGAUUUCCCUUGGUCUUAUGUAUGGUACCUUCGAUUUUGGGCUUGCAUUGCUUGCCCCCUACCGCCUACUCAGUCAAGGUAGUCCCGCAAGUAAGCGCGCUAUUUUUGCGAAUUAUCUUCGCGAUAUACCUGUACUUGCACUUUGGAAAUCAUUAUCCGAUCGUCAACUUGCUGUGUUCUUCAGUCUUUUCGCUACUCUCGCUGCAAGUGUGUUCACGAUUGCCGCAUCAGGACUGUACAUCGUUGAUUACCAGGCAAGUCCAUCUAACACUUUAAGUCGGACUAUGUCAGUCCAACGAAGUGAUGUGUUCGACUUGACUUGGCCCAACGCUUACAAUGAUAGUCAUGCAGGCACCGUUCUUAAUCUCAUCGAGCAGUCAAAUCUUACCUUUCCUCGGUUUACGUAUGACAAUUUGGUUUUUCCGGUCAUUUCGUCUCCAGUGUCCUUUGAACAGAGAGGAUACAGCUCCGGCCAGGUCAACGGACAUAUGACUCUUCGCGUACCCGCUCUCCGCCCGCAGCUUGAUUGCAAGCCUCUCAACACCGCUACCUUAUAUAAGGGUAAAACCUCAUCAGCGCUAGAGCCCGAGAAACAGGUACCGUACGCCAGUCUUCAGACCACCAUCGAUCUCGAAACCAUGUACCCGAAAUGCAAGCGCGGUCGAGCGUACGGAGAUGAGAAUUUGUUCAAUUUCAACAGCACAAUUUACUUUCCCGAGAGACAAAUUAAGGACGGACCCAUCCUUCAGAGACCCGUUUACGGUGGUUUUCUUUUCGAUCUACAUCUCGGGGAUAUACUUGAUAACGAGAAUGUCAGCUCGCGAUAUGAAAAGUUCAAAAAUUGGGGAAAUGACGAUCUUUUUGCCGACUGGUACUCGUAUAGCGAGUAUCCCUUCUAUACGGAGGACAAUUGGGAAAAGGGACAGAACCCAGAGGGGUGUCCUAGCAUCGGGUUCAGUUUCGGUGCAUUCAUCCCACUCUCGACCAACAUGACAUACGUUACGAGUGGAGUUUGCGAUCAGUAUAUAGAGGAAGUUAUCACCGAAGCCCGGUUUAUUCUCCCUAGCCUCGAGCUCGACCCGUCGAACCCGCCCGUCCCCGAUGAGUCGACUGCCCAUGUCCUCGGCAACGGCCACGGGUUCGACAUGCGACAAUACCGCCCACAAUAUAACAUGGAACAGAGCAUGCUCUACUUCAAUGCGAAUGCAUCCGGAUACAUGGACACAUUCUACCAAGUCGUUGUCAACGGCAUCGACGGCAUCCCUGAAUCGGACCUCGUGGGAAAAGACAAUAUCUCUCGGCUCCUCAACGCUACCAGAGAUCUCUACAGCAAGUACAUGGCGCUCGCCAUAUCCUACAACAUGCGCCAGAACACAACCUUCAAAGACGACGAUCUCGGCAGCGCCGCGUCACGCUCGAUUCAGGGUCAAAACGACGAUUCCAGCUUCGAGGCUUCGGUCGUGUAUCCCUCCGCGCGAUUAAAGAUUGACCGCCGGGCUAGUCUCGUGCUGGAGGUUCUACUGGCUUUUGCCUUUGUCUGUAGUGCGAUUGCUUGUGCGCUGGCCUGGACUCCCGUCUUUAUCAUGCAGAAUCCCGGCCAGAUAUCAGGUGCCGUGGCCUUGGUGGCUGGAAGUACGCUGGCUUCGCGUAAGGUUGUACCGGAAGGAACGGAGUGGUUGAAUACUAAACAAACCCAAGAGCGGAAUAUCUUCGAUGGAUUGCAAUUGAGGCUGGGCUGGAUAGAUGAUGAUGAUGGUAAACGGCGGUAUGGGAUCGAUGUUGAUAAUCGGGAAUCUGCUUGA